CAGGGCUAGCUCUUCCAUUGGGCAGAACUGGGCACCUGCCUCAUAUGCUAAGGCAUGCAGAAUGGACAGAGUGCUGUGUGAGCCAGACAACUUGCCCUGUGCCUUCUAAGCUAGUCUGCUGCCCUGAGGUGCAGUAAAGAAUGCUGUCCUGUUUAAAUUAGUCCAACGGGUUAGCUUUUCAAUAUGGAAUCAGGGUGAUGGAAAUCGCCAUGUUGUCCUUUGCGUGACACAUCAAAAUGUUUUGGGCUGCCAGACAGGGAAAUUGCUGGACCACAGUAGUUCUGCGGUUUACUAAUGUCGUUCUGGGUUCUUCAGAAUAUCUGAGGGAGCAAAUCAUCUCAGUACCUAUGGAUGUUGAUAAUAUUAGCCCAAAGUAUAUUUAAUAUGGUCUUGUAGCAUUAUAAGAAAAAUAAUGCUUCUAAUUUAAUUCUACAUUAGCCUUUCCUUUUUUUUCUUUUGCAUUUGUUGUAUUGCUGCACAGUGAUUAACAUUUUGUGGCAGAUCAAAUAUCAGAAAUGCAGGCAGGUAAAACAUUCUAGAGUGCAAUAUCCUCUUCCUGGACAUAGCUACCCUUUUUAAAUGGGCUACUUGGGCAGCAAUUAAAAAAAGGAUGUGGCAUAUACCAAAUAUAAUCAGUGCAAGCCAGCAGUAAGACACGACAAGAGCGGGGACUCAGGUCUGUAGUCAAAUUUCACAUUUGAUAAUAAGCAUGUGUGUUCAAGAGGUGGAGGCAUGAAAUGCAUCUGUAUGUGUUUGUUUUUGGUCAAGGGCUCUGAAAUGAUUUUACCAGGUUAUAACUCUGCCCUCCCCCCAAAAGUCAAUAAUACAAGGAUGCAGUUUUGUGCACCAUUACUUAGAUGUAUAAGUCUUGAAUAAAUGUGAUUAGGCAUGGGCUGCACCUGUGGCAGCUGUUGCCCUACUUUUUACACUAGAUCAAUAUAGUUGUCGCCAUAUGUAGCUUCCAGGGAGUACUUGCAUCCCUACCCACGUGAGUGUGAACAAUGAAUCAUAUUCCAUAUACCCACCCACUGAAGCUUGCUCCUACUAAAGCUCCGCAGGAGUGGAGCUUUCAUUUCCAUUGAAGUUAGUCUCUCUCCAUCAGUUUUCCCUUGUGCUCUCCGGUCAACAUUCCAGGCAGACAUUAGCAGAGCCGUUUUAGUCAGCUUGAAUCCCAUUGUGCAAAGCUCUCCCCCCACCCCAUCCCACUAGAUUUUUUUCCUGUGUGCUCACCUGCUUCCUUCCAGUCUCCAGGAUAUUAAAUUAUCUCUCCCCCCCCUGCUCCUGUGAUAUCUGUGCCAGAACUUUUCUUGCUGCCCUUACCGUGGGAACGUAAAAGAUUGACCUUUCCUUGCUCAAGUGCAGUGAUAACAAUGAGUAAUGAAAGGGGGCACGGGUGACGGAGAUACCUGGGGCAUGGACUGCAGAGUUGCCUGCAGUGCAAGGUGUGUGUGUCAAGCAUCCUGCUUCAAAGAGACAGCAAGAGCCGUCCUGGGACUCAGUAACAGAAGCAACAGCACUGACGAAAGAUGAGGCGAGCUCAGGAACCCAAGGAAACAGACUGAGAGAACCUGCUGAGGAUUGCCCAUUGAAAUGACUUCUGAUCCUGCACCUGGGAGAUGAAAGAGACAGACAACAGCUGAACAUGUGGACCAUCGUAAUAAUAAUCCUUUCUUCUUCGACACUAACUGUCAGAGCCUUUAUUUCGUCAUGUGAAAUCAUGAAAAUUAUGACAACAGAAGAAGAACUCUGCAGCUUGGUCCUCUCCAAGGAAGAAGUGAAUGCGACAACUGGAAAUGAAUCGCUCCAGAGUUCAGACAGAUGCCUUGGAAUGUGGGAUAAUAUAACCUGCUGGCUGUCUUCUUCCAUUGGGCAAACAGUUAGCGUUCCUUGCCCCAAAGCCUUCCAAAUGGUAACUGGGAAAACAGGGUUUAUAUAUCGUAACUGCACCAAGGAUGGCUGGUCAGAAAAAUAUCCAAGACCCUAUAUUGCUUGUGGUUUAAAUGUGGAAGAGAUUAAUGCUCCUAUAGUUGCGUGGCAACGUAGGGUCUCUUACCUGAGGAAGUUGGAGAUUGUGUACACCAUCGGAACCAGCGCUUCUCUGGUGGUGCUGACAAUUGCCUUGGGCAUUCUGGGUUCUUUCAGAAGGCUUCGCUGUACGAGAAAUUGCAUCCACAUGCAGCUCUUUGCAUCGUUCAUUUUGCGAGCUUUGGCAAACUUCAUCAGAGAUCCUGCCCUGUCUGAAGACACUGACAAUGCAGUCUACUGUGAGUUACACAUGGGCCGAUGUAAGAUUAUCAUGGUCUUCAUUAACUUCUGUAUCAUGGCUAACUACAGCUGGCUUCUUGUGGAAGGGCUUUAUCUUCAUACCUUGCUGGUGAUGUCUUUCUUCUCCGAAAGAAAGUUCUUCUGGUGGUUUGUGGUUCUGGGAUGGGGCACUCCAACUUUCUUUGCAAUUGCAUGGGUCACGGCCAGACUAUUACAUGAAAAUGUUGGAUGCUGGGAUACUCAUCUUACAUAUGCCCGGUGGCUCAUUCAAGGCCCUGUGGUAGUUUCUAUUGUUAUCAAUUUCGUUUUGUUUGUUAAUAUUGUGAGGAUUCUAAUGAGCAAACUUAGAUGGCCAGAUGGAAGGAACAAGGAUUCCAGUCAAUACAAGAGACUUGCUAAAUCCACACUCAUCCUCAUCCCUCUCUUUGGAGUCCAUUACAUCAUAUUUGCUUUCUUCCCUUUCGAUACCACAAACGGCACCAUGGAGAUUCAAGCUCUGUUUGAAAAAGCCAUCGGAUCUUUCCAGGGCUUUGCUGUGGCUGUGCUUUACUGUUUUCUUAACGGAGAGGUCCAGCAGGAGAUCCACAGAAAAUGGCGGCAGUGGCACUUAAGAAAACACAUUCAUUCGCAGAAGCAUCACAGCUGCACAUUUCCGAAUGAUGUCAGUGGUUUCACCCAGGUGCUGCAGCUGAUGAAGCCCAGCCCCCAGGAGGAAAGGGGACCUUCUGCCCCAAAUCUGAGUCAAAUAUGAUGGAUCUUGUGCAGGAAAGAACUAAUUGCUCACUCGGAGAGAACUGGAAAGCUCAAGAAUUGAGAUUAUGCAUCUGAAAGCUAAAUUUGCCCCUUAAUUAGCUGUGCGCGGAGUCUGGCUUUGUCUGUGCCCAGAAUCUUUAUUAUCCCCUGGAGGAUUUUUUUUAUUUUUUUUACAAAGAAGAUGUAUGAAGAUUUGUUUCCUGGUGGAAGAUUCCCUUCUGACUACACCAUUCUAAGAUGCCAUUUUCUAGUGGGGUGUGAGUGCCAGAUUAAAGGGCUUUUCUGAUUUGUUUUGUACUGCUGAAUAUUGUGCGGCAUUGAAUAGUUUGGACAAGACAUGACUCAUGAGCUGCAAUUCCUUGGGGAAACAUUGUGUUGUCUGGAGACACUUUGUAGAAUACAAGCUUAAAAACACACACACACAGCAAAAAAUUACACCCUUAACUGGCUGCAGGAUUCAAUGAUGGAUUGUGAUCAGCACCGAAACUAGAUCUCACAGGUUUGCAGCUUUGGACCUUGGACAUUCAGCUGCCAUGAUGGUUGUGGGAAUAUUUUUUUAAUUACUUUACUUUCUCAGAAGAUGAUGUGUCUUUCAGCCCAUGUAUCUGUUGUUCAUGCUUUUGUAAUCUAGAGGCUUGACUGCUGUAGCACAUUCUGUGAAGGGCUGCCUUGAUGUUUCAAGAAUAAGGAAGCUGGGUGCCAUAUCUAUUCUCCAUUGUCUACCUUGAUUUCCUGUUGUCUUCUGGGGCUAAUCCAAGAUGCCUAGAAAGCCCUAAACAUCUUGCGUUUUGCAUAUAUUACAGACAGUAAUAUAUGCAAUUACAGUACAAUGAUCUCUUCAAUAAGCUGAGAAUGCCCAGCUAAUGAUCUCUGUACCAAACCAGAAAAGACAUCAAACACAUGCAGAGUAUUAUUUGUGGUGGCUGAUGUAUUACUAUUGAACUCUUUCCAGGUAGACUUGCCAAAGCCAGAGCUAAGUUAGAUGUGUUUGCAAGACUGUUCUUGAGCAGAUGAGUGGGGUUAAUGUGCAUUACUUACCUGCUUUAUUACUUUCAAUGGGUUGCAUGUCUGUAUUUUUUUAUAUAAACAUAUAGGUAGAUAAACAUGGCUUAGAGUCAUAGACCUCAAAGGGUCAUCUAGUUUGACUGCAUGCCAGUAGAGCUUGAGCCGACAGAACUUCAACUGUAUCAUGUCCAGCACAAGUGGAACAACACCACUCUGCCAGGCUGACUAGUGGAGACGAUCACACCAUUAAAAACUUCUUCCAAAUGUCA